CACUGCUUUGUCACUCCGUCACACGUGCGUCACGAUGGUCGCCGGCGCUUGUGCGCGUAUGUCGAGGACGCUGCCGCGGUGCCCAGAGUCAGACGGCGAAGCAAGUUACAACCACCGCGGACGGCAGCGAUGGUGUACCAUAAUCUCAAAGCCCUGAUCAAGGGGAUUCGGGCGUGUAAAACAGUGGCAGAUGAGCGUGCACUCAUUAAGCAAGAGUCGGCCAACAUUCGAGCAUCUUUCCGUGAAGAGGACUCGUACGCAAGGCAUAACAAUGUCGCGAAGCUGCUCUAUAUCCAUAUGCUGGGGUCGGAGGCGCACUUCGGCCAGAUGGAAUGUCUCAAGCUGGUCGCAAGUCCUCGAUUCUCCGACAAGCGGUUAGGUUACUUGGGAAUUAUGCUGCUCUUGGAUGAGAGUCAAGAGGUGCUCACUUUGGUCACGAACUCGCUCAAGAAUGACAUGAACCACGCGAACAUGUAUGCUGUCGGGCUGGCCCUGUGUACAUUCGCAGAUAUAGCAUCAGAGGAGAUGUCCCGGGACCUAGCCAAUGAGAUUGAGAAGCUCUUGGGAUCGAGCAACACUUAUAUCCGAAAGAAAGCAUCUCUAUGUGCUCUACGGGUGAUUAGGAAAGUGCCUGACCUCUCAGACCACUUCAUUGCCAAAGCCAAGAACCUCCUGGCCGAUCGCAACCAUGGUGUCCUCCUCACCGCCAUAACACUGGUCACGGAGAUGUGCCAAACCGAUGCAGGAUGCCUCGAGGAGUUCCGCAAUGCCGUACCAGUACUUGUCCGACACUUGAAAUCACUGGUGACAACAGGAUAUAGUCCGGAGCACGAUGUAUCUGGCAUCACAGAUCCCUUCCUGCAAGUGAAGAUCCUCCGUCUGUUACGUCUUCUCGGCAAGGGUGAUGAGAAGGCCAGUGAAACCAUGAACGAUAUCCUGGCACAGGUCGCGACGAACACAGAAUCCACGAAAAACGUCGGCAACUCUAUUCUGUACGAGACGGUCAUGACAGUCCUCGAGAUCGAGGCGGACAGCGGCCUUCGAGUCAUGGCUAUCAACAUUCUCGGGAAGUUCCUCAGCAACCGCGACAACAACAUCCGCUACGUCGCUCUCAACACUCUGAACAAGGUAGUUUCGAUCGAUACCAACGCAGUACAGCGCCAUCGGAACAUCAUCCUCGACUGUCUUCGCGAUGGCGACAUCUCCAUUCGCAGACGUGCGUUAGAGCUGUCUUACGCGCUGAUCAACGAACAGAACGUCCGCAUCCUCAUCCGCGAGCUGCUCGCGUUCCUGGAAGUUGCCGAUGACGAGUUCAAGCUUGGUAUGACGACUCAAAUCUGUCUUGCCGCGGAACGGUUCGCGCCAAACAAGCGGUGGCAUAUCGAUACUGUCCUCCGGGUCUUGAGGCUGGCUGGCAAUUCGGUGAGGGAAGAGAUCCUUUCGGCUUUCAUCCGGCUGGUAGCGCAUACUCCGGAGCUGCAAGCAUACACCGCAUCAAAGCUAUACACCUCGCUGCGCUCCGAUAUCUCGCAGGAGUCACUCACAUUGGCGGCUACGUGGAUACUGGGCGAGUACAGCGAAGCCGUGCUCGAAGGCGGCCUCGUCGAUGAAGAUAAGCCCAAGCCCAUCACCGACGUAGAGCUGGUCGACCUCCUGCUCUCCAUCCUUGACUCGCCCUACGCCAACUACCUGACCCGCCAGUUCGUCCUCACCGCCAUCACCAAGAUGUCCUCUCGCCCGACAACCUCCUCCGCCCAGCAAGAACGGAUAGCGAACGUGCUGCUGAGCUUUACGACGAGUCCAGAGCUGGAGAUUCAGCAGCGGGCAGUGGAGUUCGCUAGCUUGUUCACCCUCGACGUUCGUGCGGGCGUUUUGGAGCGUAUGCCGCCGCCCGAGCUCAAGGCGACUGUCAUGGGUGUCGUUAGCGAAAACAAACCCGUCGGUUCUCUGCAGCCAAGUAGAGAUGGCGAUCUACUCGGGGACGACAUCGCGACCGGCCCCAGUGCGCCAGUCAACGGCCACGCACCCGUACAAAGCAACCAAGACCUCCUCGCCGAGAUCUUCGGUAGCUCGUCGACGCCAGCACUCAGCCCUGCAGUGCCCGCACCGUCACAGAAGAGCACCGUGCAAGACAUACUCGGCCUGUUCGACUCUCCUGCCGCCUCGACGUCCACCCCCGUCCAGACACAUGCGCCGCCCCUGCCUGUGUCGAACGGUGCAAGCUCCGUGUUCAGCUUGCCGCAGACGCAGACCCCGCCUCCACAGCCGGCUGCACAGUCACGGCUGACGGCGUACCCGGCGUACGAUAAGAACGAGCUCAAGAUUACGCUGACGCCGCAGGUGCUCAAGCCGGGCGUUGUGAACAUCCUUGCGAGGUUCCAGGUCAUGGGCAGUACGCCAGUGACUGGACUCAACUUCCAAGCGGCUGUCCCGAAGUCGCAACAACUCCAAAUGCUACCCAUGUCGAAUCCAGACGUGCAGCCAGGCGCCACCGAAACACAACAAAUGCGGGUGAUAGCCCCAGUAGGAGCCAACGUCCGGCUGCGGCUACGUGUAGCAUACUCAGUAGGUGGACGAGCGGUGCAAGAUCAGGUAGACUUCAACGGAUUCCCUCCCGGACUGACAACCGGGUCAUAAUAGCCCUCAUACGCUUGUUCUGCUUUUCGGAUAUUUAGUGUUGCUCUGUAAUGCAGUGUGAAUUUCUCAUCGUCGCGA